AACGAAACGACGUAACGCCUCUCUGAUUCAGGGAUCCCAAAGAAAGAAAGAAAGAAAGAAAAAAAAAAUCGAGCUUAAAAAUGGCGUUGCCUUUUCCCUACCCUUCAAUCGCUGCCCGCCGCAAUAGCCUCACGAUUCCGCCUCCCAUUCAUUCUUUCUCCUCCUCCUCCUCCUCCUCCUCCUCCUCGUUCUGUCCCAGGCUGCUGGCCGCAGUGGCCUGUCGCCGCGAAUCCACAAAUCGGCUUCCCGUGCGGUCCUCUAACUCUUUCACUGAGAAGAAGGAGGAGGAGGAGCAGGAGGAUGAGGAUGAGGAUUCCGGUUCUGAUUUUCAGACCGGCCCGUCUGGUCGGUCCGGUCAAUACUCCGAUGAAUCGGUGAACGACUCUGUUUUGAAGGAUUUCAAGUGGCGGCUCAUGGAUUACAAUCCUCUUCCUGCGAUUGUCAACCCUUCUCCAGCGGGGAUUGAUUAUAGUUCCGUGCAGGUAACAUCCUUUUUCGCGUUCGUUAAUAGAAACCAGUGACGACCCGCUUGCUUGCGCUUCGCGCGGAUCGAAUAUGUCAUUAGGGUUAUAAGGUUGAAUCUUUACUGUUUUUCGUUUCACGAAUCUGUCAGUAGUACUGCUAAAUCGAUGGAGUGAAUGAUGCCACCCAAGUUCCUCUCGCUUUCGUUUAACAACUGAUGCGACAUUCAUGAGGACAAUAGGUGGGUUCACCGAACGAAUGGAAAACGAUGUUCCAAAGUUACUGGAUGUUGGUUGAUGACCCAAAAUAUAGCUAGAAAGAGCUGAAUAAGUAAUUGAAAUCUUAAGUAGCUGGACGUUGGUGGUGAUGGCACAUCUGUUCAUUCAAUCGGUCUUGAUUCAUAUAUAGGAGGUACCUGAGCCGCUUAACACCAUCAGUAGAACAACCAGCAGUAGGUUUGUUUUUAAGAAGGCAACUGAGCCGCUUAACACCACCAGUAGAACAACCAACACACCAACAGAGUUCAAGACGAAGUUGAUGCUCGGCAACAUAUGAAUCAUAAUCUAGUUACGAUGAGCUAGAGAUUGAGUAUUACAUACUCACUCUCUCAUGUAUAAGUGAAUGCUGAUGAUUGUAUACCCACUCCGAGAACUGUUGGAGCUGAUACCCCUGAUUACCAUCGAGACAAAAGUUUAAUCAUCAUUUAACAAAGUGAUGUGAAUCGGUGCCGGAGAAAGUCUCACUUCCGUCACCUUUGCAGUGUUGCAAACUUAUUUUUUUGAAGGAUUUGAAGGUGCGGCUCGAGGAUUACCAUCCUCCUGUGAUUGUGAACCCUUCUCUAGCGGGCAUUGAUUUUAGUUCCGUGCAGGUCAUAAAGAAUGAAGAUCUGGAAAAGCUAACAAAACUUGGUGCGGGUGCUUUUGGGACAGUUUUCCAUGCAAAAUGGAAAGGGAUUGAUGUUGCUUAUUUCCCCCUGAAUCUCAAUGUGUAGGCAUCUAGACCAACACCAGAAGCAUCAGAUUGCUCAACAAGUUGCGGCUGCAAUGGAGUAUCUUCACUCAAAGAACGUUGUGCAUUUUGAUCUAAAAUGCGACAACUUGCUAGUCGAUUGGAAAGAUCCACGCCAUCCAAUUUGCAAAGUUGGUGAUGUAGGACUCUCGGAAAUCAAAAGAAAAAACUUGGUCUCCGGAGGCCCGCGAGGGACUAUACCAUGGAUGGCUCCUGAGCUAUUUCACGGCAGCAGCAACAAGGUCUCCGAAAAGGUUGAUGUGUACUCUUACGGGAUUGUGUUAUGGGAGAUGCUUACUGGAGAAGAGCCCUAUGCUAACAUGCAUUAUGGUGCAAUCGUAGAUGGGGUCGUGAACUACAAUUUAAGGCCAACGAUCCCAAGCGACUGCGAUCCAGAAUGGAGCAGAUUGAUUGCGCUGUGUUGGGCACCAAAUCCUGCUGCAAGGCCCAGCUUCACUGAGAUUGCUGCCCAGUCAAAAAAGGCUUAG